AUGGCCAAUGCUGAGCCGUUACAUGGCCCUAGUCAUGUACACGAAGACCAAUGUGAGCAAUGGGGGAUUUUCUCGGCAGCGGCGUCGUUGCCAAAUGCCCAGACAAAGACCAGCUCACUUUUUUCCUCGGCCGAGGAAAGAAAUGGGCCAUAUCAUGAACAACCCUGGGGUCCAGAGUCUAUGUCUGGGUCUGGUGUCGCUGUGUACUGUACAUCCGAGCGAGUGAGGAUGAAGGCAUCAAACAAGACGUUGUCAUGCACCCUCUCACUGCACCCGGUGCCGCCGCCGGCUACUGGGACGAAUCCGAAUUACCCCGAUGCUCGGUUCACAGCAUGUAAACUCGGUGAAGCGUUUGCCAAAAUUAACCUGUCAUCAGUCAGUUAUCUCCAGCUGCCAAGUGAUGAUCUUCUCGUCCCUCUUUGA